AUGGUUGCCAUUACUGAGUUUCAGAAGAUUGGAAUUGGUGUUUUGGGAUUUGGUUUAUUCUUUCUGCUGUUUGGUGUGUUGCUGUACUUUGAUUCUGUUUUACUGGCUUUUGGAAAUAUUUUGUUUUUGACAGGUUUAACGUUCAUCAUUGGUAUCAGGAGGACAGCACACUUUUUCUUCCAAAGACACAAGUUCCGAGGCUCAUUCUUCUUCCUCGGAGGUGUGUCGCUGGUGCUUUGCCGUUGGCCAAUCAUUGGUAUGAUGGUGGAAGUUUACGGCUUCAUCCUGUUAUUCAGGUCUUUCUUUCCAAUGGCACUGGGAUUUGUGCUAUCAGUGGUUAACAUCCCAUUCCUCGACGCUUUUUUGCAAAGUGGCUCCAGUGUGGUGUGA